GAGGUUUUUUUCCCCCAACUUUCCGAGCCAAUUAUUAACAACCCCUAACCCCUCUCUUCCCCUUCCUCUCCAUCCUCUGUUUCGUUCCUUCCCUCUCACAUUGUUCUCUUCUCUGAAUCCUCUGUUUCUCCCUCGUUUCGUGCCCACGGACACAGAUCACUUUCUCUCUUUCUUUCGUCCAGAAACAUGAGGAGCAUGAUCGUGUCCGCGGACGCAAAGAAAGGAAUGGUGGUAAAGCAGAGAGUCCGGGUUUCGGACCUGAAGCUUGACCUCAUCGACGUGACGAUUCUCCGUUUCUUGGACCUGAAGCAGAUCCUCCAGGUCUCGCCCGGGAAGAGGCUUCUCAAGAUCGAGAGUGUCAAGGACGGCGGUCACGUGGUGAGAGAGGCCAGAGUGAGCAGGUUGCUGGACUCCAUGAGAGCUUCCUCUCCUGCACGUGCAAAGCCUGCAAGUGCGACGACAAGAGCAGCUUCUGUUGAUGACGAGAAAAAGUCAUGGAUCCUGCGUCAUCCGUCGGCAUUGAGCAUGUUCGAAGAGAUAACGAGAGCUUCCAUGGGGAAGAAGAUAGUGAUGUUUCUCGACUAUGACGGCACUCUCUCCCCCAUCGUUGAAGACCCCGAUCGCGCUUUCAUGUCCCAGGAGAUGAGAGAAGCUGUGAAAGACACCGCGACAUUCUUUCCCACGGCGAUAGUGAGCGGGAGAUGCAGAGACAAGGUCUACAGUUUCGUGCAGUUGACGGAGCUAUAUUACGCCGGCAGCCACGGCAUGGACAUCAAGGGACCCCCUAGAAGUUGCAGCAACGGCAACAAAGUAAAGUUCAAUCUCUUCUCACUACAUAGAAUCACAGACGGCGACCUGGUUCUCUGCCAACCCGCGAGCGAAUUCCUGCCCAUGAUCGACGAGGUGUACAAGACCUUGGUAGAGAGCACCAAGUCAAUUCCAGGAGCCAGGGUGGAGACCAACAAAUUCUGCUUGUCCGUGCACUUCCGAUGCGUUGACGAGAAGAGCUGGGAUGCUUUGGCUGAGCAGGUUAAGCUUGUCCUCAGCGGGUACCCGAAGCUCAAGCUGACAUCUGGCAGAAAGGUAUUGGAGAUCCGUCCGACCAUCGAGUGGGACAAGGGCAAGGCCCUCGAAUUCUUGCUAGAGGCACUUGGGUUUGCCGCUUCCGACGACGAUGUCCUGCCGAUCUAUAUCGGAGACGAUCGGACGGACGAAGAUGCAUUUAAGGUUUUGAGACAGAGGGGACGAGGAGUAGGAAUUCUGGUCUCUAAAGUCCCAAAGGAAACAAGUGCCUCUUAUUCUUUGGAAGAGCCCUCCGAGGUCAGGAGAUUUUUGUGCCGUCUGGCGGAGUGGAAGCGGCAGUCACUUUGAUCGGCCCGACAGAGUUUAGUGAAGCUUCACAAUACUAUCGAUUUUUCACCCCAAGUUAUGUAAUCUUUGCGGUGUAGAUCAUGGGCUAUACCAGUACCACAAUCAAUGAGAAUCACAAGCUAAUUGUGAAUAUAUUUGAGAUAAAUUGUUACGUCAUUAUGUAA